ACUUUCCUAAAUGAAACCCUAAAACUUCGAGUUCUUCUCUUUGUCUUCAGCCGCAAUUUUCUUUGAUUUUCACCUCCGGUGGAAUGAUGAAGAGACCACAUGAUGCUGCUUUGAUGUUUAAAUUCUUAUUCACUCCUCCAUAUGUGUAGUUGUUCUUCCUUUCUCAUCUCAUCAUCUUCAGGUAAAGCUUCAAUCUUCUUAAAUUUGUUCAUUUUCCCUUGUUUCUGACUCGAUUGAACCUUUUUAACCUUGUUCUUGUUCUGAAUGGACCAAUUUUGUGUUCGAUCUGUGUUGAAUCGAUCCUUGCUUGAGCUCCUCAUGACAUUUGUAGCUCGAUCUAUGCUGAAUGGACCUCUGCUUGAGCUCAUUCUAACGUUUGCGGCUUCUUCUUCCUUUGAACAAGUGAUCCACAAAUGGCUGUGGCUGGAAACCGCGUGGAAGUGAUAGGUCCACAGUUCUGUGCUCCAUACGCUAUUGAUCUGAGCGUUGUCAAGAAGAUAAUGACCUUAAAAGAUGGUGCUUUUCAAGUCCUUGAUAGCAAUGAAAAUGUUGUAUUCUCUGUCAAAGGCAAAGUCUUUAGCCUACGUGAACGCCGAGUUUUGGUAGAUGGUGCUGGUACUCCUCUCGUCACUUUCCAACAAAAGCUAUUGACUGCUCAUAAUAGAUGGCAAGCGUUCAGAGGAGAGAGCACAGACCCUAAACAAUUGCUUUUCAGUGUUAAGAAGUCUGCACUCCUUCAAUUCAUGAAGACCAAGUUAGAUGUGUUCUUAGCUACUAACACUAAAGAAGAAGUUUGUGACUUCAAAAUUGAAGGCAGCUGGAUGGAAAAAUCUUGCGUCAUUUAUGCUUCUAAUUCUACUGAAGUUGCCAAGAUGCACAAGAAACUCAGCGCUGAAAGUCUGCUAUUUGGCAAAGAUAACUUUGGUGUGACUGUGAGUGCAAAUGUUGAUUUUGCUUUCAUAGUUGCGCUUAUUGUGAUUCUUGAUGAGAUUAACGAAGACGACUGAGAAUUGAAAUUACAAGCAUUUACAAAGUCUCUUAUUUGUUUCAAACAUUUUUUAUUUUUAGUAGUGUAUUCGGUGGUCACAUCUCUCUAAUAUUUUGUCUGGUAUACUUAUUUAAAUUUUUAAUUUACGCUGUUGAGGGAUUGGUCAUUAGUGUUGCUUCAUCCUAAAUUUUGAA